CGCCUCAUACACGUUACCGUCUGUGCGCUCGAGCAGUAUACACUCGCCAGGAAAACACACACUCACUCUAGUGUCACAAUAUGGCGACGCGGCCGCUUCAUCACGGCUCCGCCCCCCGAGGCGUGACGUAUGAGAGACGCGCCGGACGUGACGGCUGUUUGCUCGGCUGUUGUGUGUCUGGAUUGUAACUGCUCGGUAACGUGAAGUAUCAAGAUGGGCGUCCCGAAGUUUUACCGCUGGAUCUCCGAGCGCUACCCCUGCCUCAGUGAGGUGGUGAAGGAGCACCAGAUCCCAGAAUUUGACAAUCUGUACUUGGACAUGAAUGGAAUCAUCCACCAGUGCUCCCACCCAAAUGACGAGGAUGUGCACUUUCGAAUCACAGAAGAUAAGAUUUUUGCUGAUAUAUUUCAUUAUUUAGAGGUUCUGUUCCGUAUUAUCAAGCCAAGAAAAGUCUUUUUUAUGGCCGUUGAUGGUGUCGCUCCUAGGGCAAAGAUGAACCAGCAGCGAGGGAGACGUUUUAGAUCUGCAAAAGAGGCAGAAGAAAAGAUAAAGAAAGCUGUAGAAAAGGGUGAAGUCCUGCCGACAGAAGCCAGGUUCGACUCCAACUGUAUCACUCCAGGCACGGAGUUCAUGGUUCGCCUCCACGAGCAUCUAAAGUACUUUGUAAAUAUGAAGAUAUCCACAGAUAAGUCCUGGCAUGGAGUAACCAUCUACUUGUCUGGUCAUGAGACUCCCGGAGAGGGAGAGCAUAAAAUAAUGGAGUUUAUACGAUCUGAGAAGACGAGACCAGAUCAUGAUCCAAAUACAAGGCACUGCCUUUAUGGGUUAGAUGCUGAUUUGAUUAUGCUUGGUUUAACAAGCCAUGAAGUUCACUUCUCUCUUCUAAGAGAAGAGGUACGCUUUGGUGGGAAGAAGAAUCAAAAAAGAGUUUCUGCACCAGAAGAAACAACCUUUCACCUGCUCCACUUGUCAUUAAUGAGAGAGUACAUAGACUAUGAAUUUUCACAUUUAAGAGACAAGAUCUCAUUCGAAUAUGAUAUAGAGAGAAUUAUUGAUGACUGGAUUUUAAUGGGAUUUCUUGUGGGCAAUGAUUUUAUUCCUCAUCUACCUCAUUUGCACAUUAACCAUGAUGCACUGCCUCUGUUGUAUAGAACCUACAUGAGUGUCUUACCAGAACUUGGAGGCUACAUAAAUGAAAAUGGCUAUUUGAACUUGGUUCACUUUGAAAAGUAUCUUGCUAAACUUUCAGCUUUUGACCGGGAGCAUUUCAAUGAAAUAUUUGUUGACCUAAAAUGGUUUGAAAGCAAAGUUGGCAAUAAAUACCUCAAUGAAGCUGCAGGCCAAGCUGCUGAAGAAGCUGAGAAUUGUAAGAAGAAGAGCAAGGGGUUGGAGGAUGCACUUUGUUUAGGGGCAUUAGAAAAAGAGGGAGAAGAAGAUGCUAAAUGUUUGGAUGAGGACCCAGAGGAGGAGGAUCUUUUUGAGACCGAGUUUAGACAGUAUAAGAGAUCAUAUUACAUGUCAAAAAUGGAAGUGGAGGUUGUGUCAGAUGAGUUUCUGGCCAAUCAAGCGUUAUGUUAUGUUCAGGCCAUACAGUGGAUUUUGCACUACUACUACCAUGGUGUCCAGUCCUGGAGUUGGUAUUAUCCCUACCAUUAUGCACCGUAUCUGUCAGAUAUUUGUAAUAUCGGCCGGUUGAAGCUGACCUUUGAUUUGGCGAAACCCUUCAUGCCGUUUGAGCAGCUGCUCGCUGUCCUUCCUGCUGCUAGUAAAGACUUGCUGCCUCAGGCUUACCAGAGUUUAAUGACCAGUGAAGACUCUCCAAUCAUUGAUUACUACCCGCAAGAUUUUAGGACGGACCUUAAUGGGAAGCAGCAAGAGUGGGAAGCGGUGGUGCUGAUUCCUUUCAUCAAUGAGACUCGAUUGCUGGAAGCCAUGAAGAACUGCUACAAGCUCUUGAAAGAGGAGGAGAGAAACAGAAACCGGCACAGUGAGUGCUUGAUGUACCUGUAUGAGAAGGACACAGACUUCAAAUACCCUUCACCGUGGCCAGAAAAGUUUCAAAGCGUUGAGUUCUGCCAUGCCAGGAGUCGGACUAUUUCGCUGGAUGCUUGGGUUGUUUCUAUGGGCGACAACAAGAUUACAAAAGUGAACAAGAGUGCAUUAUAUUUCUGUGGUUUCCCAACUCUGAAGCAUAUUAAGCACACUUUUUCGUUGAAGAAAACGGGGGUUCAGGUUUUCCAACAGAGCAGCCGAGGAGAGAACAUGAUUUUGGAGAUAAUCGUAGAUGAGCACUCUGAAGAUGAUGAGGUGGAAAAUGUGGCCUCUGCUGUGCUCGGGAAGUCUGUGUUUGUGAAUUGGCCUCAUCUGGAAGAAGCUCGAGUGGUUGCAGUGUCGGAUGGAGAAAUUAAGCUUUAUUUGGACGAGCCUCAAGGAACCCAGAAGCUGUAUAUUGGAAGGGCAGUUCCUCUGACAAAAAUAGUGCAUGUCAGUAGCAAAGAGCGAAACAUCUGGAUAAAGGAAGUGCAAGGAAUAAAUGAACACUACCAUAAAAGAAAAGGCGUAAUUAUCAAUGAUACGUCAGUAGUUAUAUAUGCCCAGCUGCUUACUGGUCGUCGGUACCAGGUAUCACAAAAUGGAGACGUUGUCCUAGAGAAGCAGUGGUCCAAGCAGGUUCUUCCCUUUGUAUACCAGGCUGUUGUGAAGGAUAUUACAGCUUUUGAAUCUGGCUCUUCUCAUUUCAAGACACUUGGUGAACUGUUUUCCACUGGAAGCACGGUCUUCAUGCUGGGUAUUCCAUACUAUGGUUGUAUGGGAGAGGUGCAAGAAUCAUCCGAUGUUCUCAGUGAGAACAGAAUUCGUGUUCUAUUUAGCGUUACCUGUGAACCAGAGCUUGAUGCCUUAAUACAGAACCAGCAUAAAUAUUCAAUAAAAUAUAAUCCUGGCUAUGUCUUGGCUAGUCGCCUGGGAGUUAAUGGAUACCUUGUUUCAAGGUUUACAGGAAGUAUUUUCAUUGGCCGGGGAUCCAAAAAAAAUCCGCAUGGGGAACAAAAAGCAAAUGUGGGCUUGAAUUUGAAAUUCAAUAAGAAAAAUGAAGAGGUUCCUGGUUAUACGAAGAGGAUUGGUACUGAAUGGACCUAUUCCUCUGCUGUCGAGCAGCUUCUGGCUGAGUAUAUUGAGAGGUAUCCUGAGCUAUUCACAUAUAUUUCAAAGAACGGUCAAGAUGAUGUGUUCUACGAAGAUGAUAUCUGGCCAGGGGAAGACGAGAAUGGUGCGGAAAAAGUUCAAGAGAUUGUUUCCUGGCUGAGAGCUCAUCCUGUUAGCUUUUUGUCCCGCUCAUCCUGCGAUUUGCAGAUCUUGGAUUCUGCUAUUGUGGAAAAAAUUGAAGAGGAGGUUGUUAAGUGUAAGACCAAGAAGAGCAAUAAGAAGGUGCGCGUGACGGUGAAACCACACUUAGUGUUUCGGCCUCUUGAACAGCAGUUUGGAGUUGUUCCAGACAGAGAUGCAGAGUUCCGGCUGUUUGACCGUGUUGUCAAUGUGCGGGAGAGCUUUUCUGUCCCUUUGGGGCUCAGAGGCACAGUUAUUGGGAUUAAAGGAGCGGAGAGAGAUGCCGAUGUCUUGCUUGAAGUAUUGUUUGAUGAGGAGUUCCCUGGUGGCCUAAGUAUAAGAUGUACCCAGUCAAGAGGCUACCGUGUGCCGACAAGUGCCUUAAUCAACCUUUCUCAUGGUAUUCGUACAGAAAAUGGUAUGCAAAAGUUGACAGCUGUAGUUAAACCGCAGCCAGCCACAAAUCACCAUGGCUCUCACUCCUCUGAAUUAUCCACAGGAGGAUCUCAAAAAGGACACUUGGGUGCCCUCAACCAUUCCCCACGCUCGCUCUUCAUCCCCAUGAAGCAACCAAAUGAGAAUCCACAAUUUCAGGGAAACGCAAGCUCUCCGCAGAAAAGUGGUCUCUCAUCUGGAAACCAGAACCCGAAGCGUAAACCAGACGAAUUCAGCAGUGUGUGGCACUCCUUGCAAGGCACAGGAAAACCUGAAUAUGCAGCACACAAAAUGCAUGACAAGAGUCUACCUCAGGAAAAGAAGCCUGGCCUCAUUAUGCACCAGUACAACAAAUCAGGCAACAUUGGGAACACCUCUAAGUGCCAGCAGAGAAAACAAGAACCAGUGAAGAUGGGAAAACAAGGCUUUGAAUUUAACAGGCAGGAGAACCUGCUGCUGGGUGUAGCUCCACAGAAUGUCUUUGAGCCUGAAACCCACAUCAAGCUUUUGAAGAGAAAUGAUCAGACAGAGGCACUGCACAGUAACGUUGGCCCCACAGAAGGGAAGCCAAAUAGCGAGUUUGAGAACCUCUUUGCAUCUCUGAAGAUUGCAGGAGAGGGACAAGCACAUUCUGCACCCCUCGUGGAGACUCAGUCUACUACUGAAGAACAUUUGUCUCCCCAGUCUUUCGCUCUGAAAGGGACGCAAAUGUUAAAGGAGAUCUUGAAGAUUGACAGCUCUGAUGGUGCAGACAAGCAGAAAGAUGUUAGAAAAGAUCUUCCUGUCCAGCGGAAACAAACCAAGCAGAUGGCUGCUCAUAUGAACAGACCCCAUGGUGCUGGACCACCGUUCAGCGCCCCAAAUCCAGAAUUGCUGCGCCCACCUCUUCUUACGCCACCAUUAGCCACACCUUUGGCUCCAGCAGUAGCUGAACUUUGCCGCGUCUGUUCUCUUGUUGGAAUGCAUCCACCAGAGUUUUCACUUCUGCGAACACCACAGGCGACGACAGUCUGUCAAGUGAAGCUGUCAAAUGGUUUGGUCCUACAUGGACCCCAAUGUCAUGCUGAACAUGAAGCAAAAGAAAAGGCUGCCUUUUAUGCGUUACAGAGACUGGGCUCACUUGGCGCAAACUUUGCUUUGCCGCCCCCUCCACCUCUAUUUACGAACUAUCAGCCUCUUGGGGCGAGUAUACCUUCAGGACCGCUGCCAGGAGUGUUCCCCCAGUCCGCACCCAAUAUUAUACCUUCCGCCCCUCAUAUGUUUGGAGGCGUUUCCUGGAGGCCGACAGUACCACUUCAUAAUAAAACCUAUUACCACGGAUCUUACCCUGGACAUAUUGCGAAUGCUGGAUGCCACAACCAAUUCAUACCACUACAGGUAACGAAACAAAGAGCUGCUAUUAAUAAGAGCACGGAGAACGCGAGCACAUCGUCAAGUAGUGAACAGAGAUUGGUUCCUGAUGUCGCCAGUCAUCCUCCAUCAGAAAGUUCUUCUGUUAGUGUGACUUCUCCACAAGCCGCUGAGCAGUGCGCGGUGGAAAAGUCUGCGACGCCUUCCUCUGGGACUCCACGUUCUAAGUCAAACACCAGCUCAGCAAGCAAGCGGAAACCACGGAAACUAGCAGUGAAUUUUAAUGUCCCUAAAGCUACAGAAUAAACUUGACUUUCAGAUUUUCAUCAUCUGUAUUACCGCCUUAAUAUUGCUGUGUACAAACGGCAUGAGCUGCUGUCUGCAAUUUUAAUUUUUUUUUUUUUUUUUUCCCAUCAGUGCUUGUACUUGAUUGUCCCAACAUUUAUAACCACUUGAUAUACCUUUACCAUUUGGCCAAAUCUCAACUGAAGCUGAAUUAUAAAGCGGCACUUGGGUGCAUCACUUUUUUUUAUCCUUUUUUUCUUUGGGAACCUGCACAGAUUUUUUAUUUUUUUUGAUUAUUAGACAUUUUUGUGGUCUCAAAAAAUCCUGCAUACAUCAGACUUCUAAUGAGUUGCUUAGGUUAAAUAGUCGUCCCCCCCCCCCCCCCCCCCCCCAGGAUUACAGUAUGGAUGGACUAUCCUUGGGAAUGGCCUCAAUAUGAUGUUGGUGGGUGUCCCACUCUCUCGGCAUCUCUGACGAUCAGCUGUUUGAAGGUGUACUUAAUGGGACAAGGCUACUAUACCCAGAACAUCUGCUAUUAUGUGUUUGGAACAAGAUAAAAGAUGUAGAGGCCAUGGCCUCUUCAAACAGCUGGUUGGAGGGGGAGCUACAAGUGGGACCCUCACCGAUCUUAUUUUGAUGCACUAUACUAAGGUUAGGCCAUCAAGAUUUUAAUCCCAGAUUGUGCCCCUUGAAAAUGUAUGCUCUCACUAAGUAAUUUGCUAAGAAUACAUUUCUUCAGUAACUGACGGCAAUCAUGACGGCUAUAUGAUGCUGCACAGUUGGUAAAUAUCAUAAACACUGUGAUCCAUCUGCCAUUUAAAAAAAGUACUUGCU